AUGCCGGUACGCCCAUAUGGCACCCCCGCAUACCAUUCACCUCGAGGCGUGCGCAACUUCGACGCCAAGGCCGACAUCGCCAAGACUCAAGCCAAGGUUCAAAUCGAGGAAGUCAUACGCGUUGGUCCCGAUCGAGAGUCUCAAAUCUUCAGCUGCAAGAUACUGGAGGCACCGGUCGAAGAACGCCCAGCCUUCUACCAGUCACCUCUCAGCCUGAUCCCCAAGAACAAGAACUCCCAAGCCCGCCGACCGCCCCUGACGAGGAAGCUCGUCGCCAAGGUCUACGACAGCACAUGGCUUCCUAGCUGCUUUGUUAGCCCUAGCCCUGAUACAGGUUACUUCAGCCGUGAGCAUGCAGCCUACGCAUACUAUCGCUGGAAUAAGAAGACGGGCUACCCGCAUACUAUGCCACAGUUCUACGGUGGCUGGGUGGCGAAAGUCAAGUAUGGUACGAAUAUGACGGGUGAACCACAAUUCAAGUACGUUGGUCUUAUCCUUAUUGAGUACAUCGACGGCCGCUCUAUUGAGGACCUGUGUUUUCGCGAAGAUAUCGAAGAAGGAUAUAUUGGCGAGCUCUGCCCUUACGAAUUUUCUUUUGGCAUAUCUGGCGAGGGCAACCAGAUGAGGCGUGUUACCUUUGACGAGAAGAAUCGACAGCUUGUUAUCCAGAUAAUGCUCCACGGUAUUUGCCAAGGUUUCCAGCUCGGGGUCGAGCAUCACAAUCUUUCCCCGGAGAAUGUAUUCGUCACGUUAAGGAACGGUACGCAGGACUUGGAAGAAUUACGAGUCGUGUUUCUUGAUCACGAAGAUACUCAGAAGCUCCCUUUUCCAACCCACCCUCGGGAAAGAUGCAGCGUCAAGGGUUUGACGGAAUUUCAAGGCUGGUGGCCUCCAUCUGGACACGGUCGUCCUGCAGACGAGGUAGAAAAAGAGUUUAAGCAGUGGCUUCUAAGUGAAGAGGUCUUUGGUCCCCUGGAUGAGGCGACGGACAAGAAAGACUUGGACAAGCCAGACGAGAUGCGGCCGUACGCCAACAAAAGGUAUUCUACCUUUGACACGUUGGACUUGAUUGGGGAGAGACAGGACGCAAUGCUAGACGUCAUAAUUCCUCAAUUUCUCACCCUUCUACGCAAGCUUGAAGACAAAGAUUCUUUGGGGCAGGAUAUGGAGAGGGCCAUUCAGAGGGCAUUGGAGAAGGUCACCUUGCAUAACACCGUCACAGGCUCCCGCCACCCACCUUCCCACCACAAACUUCGGCGAAUACGUCUCGAUUAG